UAAUUUACCUCUUAAAAAAAAGAAAAAAGUCCAGUUAUAGUUGAUAUUAAAGCAGUUUUUGCCACUGAUACCAAGCUUCAUCAAAUUUACCGCUUUUAAAGUGACGAUACCCGUUAUAUUCGCGGUUCCAUAUACGGGCCUGCUGUGCUAUCAGCGAUUUGGGCCUGAAGCCUGAGGAAAAACGGAACAGAGCUAGUCCGGUUUCUGUAUGGAUUGCAAUAACGUUAGAGAUAAUGCUGAUAUUGCAAUGUCCGAAUACAUUCGAGUAACAGAAGACGAGAAUGAGGAGCCUAUUGAAAUCCCCACUGAAGAUGAUGGCACCGUUCUCCUGUCUACAGUCACGGCUCAGUUUCCAGGAGCCUGUGGUUUGCGCUACCGCAAUCCUGUUUCGGAGAGUGUGCGUGGAGUGCGGCUAGUGGAGGGAAUUUUGCAUCCUCCAGAGACUGGCUGGUCUAACCUUGUUUUUAUCGUCAAUUAUCCUAAAGAUAAUAAAAGGAAAAUGGAUGAAAACGAUGCAUCAUCGGCUGCAUCAUCAGCAGUAAAAGUGAAAAGAGCAGUACAGAAGACAUCUGACUUAAUAGUUCUUGGCCUUCCAUGGAAGACAACAGAGCAAGAUUUAAAAGACUAUUUCAGCACUUUUGGUGAAGUUAUUAUGGUGCAGGUUAAAAGAGAUGCGAAAAGUGGUAACUCAAAGGGAUUUGGCUUUGUCCGGUUUGCAGAGUUCGAGAGUCAAGUGAAAGUAAUGUCCCAGCGGCACAUGAUAGAUGGAAGGUGGUGUGACUGCAAGUUGCCAAAUUCCAAAGUGGGUCCAGACGAGCCUUAUCGAUGCAGGAAAGUGUUUGUUGGACGUUGCACUGAAGACAUGACAACUGAUGAGCUCCGGCAGUUUUUUAGCCAGUAUGGAGAAGUGACUGAUGUCUUUAUUCCAAAACCUUUUCGAGCCUUUGCAUUUGUUACAUUUGCUGAUGAUCAGGUGGCCCAGUCUCUUUGUGGAGAAGAUUUGAUUGUUAAAGGAGUCAGUGUUCAUGUAUCGACGGCGGAACCUAAACAGAAUAACAUGAGGCAAAUGGAAAGCGUUGGCAGAUUUGGUAACCUAGGCUUUGGGAACCAGAGGGGCUUUCCAGGCAGGGGAGGUCCAGGUGGGUCUGGAAUGGGAAACCAAAAUGGCAACAUGGGUGGUCAAGGGAUGAACUUUGGGUCUUUUAACAUUAACCCUGCUAUGAUGGCAGCAGCACAGGCAGCAUUGCAGAGUAGUUGGGGGAUGAUGAUGUCUAAUCAGCAGAAUCCAUCUGGACCAUCAGGGAAUAACCCAAAUCCAGGACCUAGAGAGCAGAACCAACCAUUUUCUGGGGGAAGUAAUUCCUAUGGGUCGAAUUCUGGGUCUUUAGGCUGGGGAUCAGGAGGGAAUGCACCUGGCUCUGGUGGGAGUUUCAGUUCUGGGUUUGGGUCCAGUAUGGAAUCAAAGCCCUCAGGGUGGGGAAUGUAGAAUAACCUCAUAGUGAGGAAUCUUCCAGAUUGAUGGUAAGUAUGAAAUUCCCAGGACUGAAUCAUUUUUCCAUAUGUGGUUUAGCAAAACAUUUUCACAGGUUUUGUUUUAUAUGAACAAAAACAGCAGCAUUUAAACACUGUUUAAAUUUGUGGGUAUUAAAACACUUGAAUGACUGAAAGUGAGCCAGUGUCUGGAUGGGUGGACCGUACAUAGUGUAUAUAUUUUCUUGGUCUUGCAUGAGCUUUCUUUGAGCUCUGUUUAUUGCAUGUUUAAGUUGAAGUCAUUGGCACAGUUAGUCUUUAGUCCCUACUAAACCCUUAUUUGGGAUACCCUAAUUUAAAUCCGUUUACAGCACAAUUCUGCCUAUCCAAGGUUUUCCAGAAUUGGAAAGUAACUUCAUUCACUCUCUGCAGCCCAUCUCAUUAGUUUUGCUUGGAAGAGUCCCUUAAUUGCAAACAGUGCUGUGUUGUGAGUACUUAAUAUUUUUAUCACCUAGGAAUGUUCUUCAUACUGCAUUUUGACGGUGGGUGUUGCACUUUUAUCCACUUCUCUUUUAUUUCAUGGAAUCGUUUCAACGCACGACUGUGAUGUGGAACCAGAAGGCUGUUUGGACUUAUGAAUCCUUGUGUGGGAUUGAUGUUGAUGCCAAGGAAUGAGAGGCUAGUAUGAUCUGGAGCAAAAGGGAGAGCAUGCAAAGACCUGUUGGUGCGAUAUGGAUUUUUGAACUUUGCAAGAUGUGACUCAGUCUCUGUGGCUUUGGUGAGAGUGCAGAGAGCAGAAAUGGCACAAAUGUACGAAUGUAUUGUACCCAGAAGAUUGCCAUAUCUGACUUUGUAGAAUAUUAUACCACAGAAAGUAUGGUUUAACAUACAGAUGAAUGUGGAAAAUGUAAUGGAUAUUUGUAUCCAUCUUCCCCCUCCCCUUGUCAACCUGAUGGAUGCUGUAUGGUGUGUGCUUUUACUUUAUUUGACCUGUGUGAUACAGUGAAAUGGUGAAAUUUGUUGACUUUUAGAACACUGAGGAAGCUAGUAGUGAGUUUUGUGGCAGUUGUGUGUCAGUUAACAAGUGAGCUCAGUGCAUCGUAAGAGGAUGAAAGCCCUAACGUUUGUAAGAUUUCAAAAGAAUGCAAAGAUUGCUUCAGCUGUGUUUUGUUUGAAUGAUUUCUUUGUAUUGUGUUGUAGGAUUAAUUUCUUAAUAAAAUAUUUCUAGUAACCUC